GCCUAAGGUCUACAACAUCUUUAAGAUUAUUCAAUCAAGGCAAAUUUUAGUUCUAUACCUUUCAUACGACCUUCAUCAUACUAUCCGAACAGACCCAGUAGACAUGUUGUCCAUUCUUCGAAAGGCGCGGCUAAAGGAUAAGGAGAUGAGGAUCCUAAUGCUGGGCCUUGAUAAUGCAGGCAAGACCACCAUCGUUAAGAGGGUAAUGAACGAGGAUGUCAAUACAGUUAGCCCGACGUUGGGCUUCAUCAUCAAGACGAUCGACUAUGAGGGAUAUAAAUUGAACAUAUGGGAUGUUGGUGGUCAGAAAACGCUGAGAUCAUAUUGGCGCAACUACUUCGAGAAAACGGACGCCCUCAUAUGGGUUGUCGAUGCGACAGACCGGCUAAGAAUUGACGAUUGCCGAGAAGAGCUUCAUGGGCUACUACAAGAAGAGCGUCUCUCAGGAGCUAGCUUAUUAGUUUUCGCUAAUAAGACCGAUGUCCAAGGCUGCAUGGACGAGACCGAAAUACUGGAGGGACUUCAGCUCGAAGCGAUCCGGACACAUCGGUGGCAUAUCCUACGAUGCAGCGCUAUGACGGGGGAGAAUCUGAAGGAGGGAUUGUCGUGGGUGGUUGAAGAUGCGAAGGCGAGGUUAUUCUUGUAUUGACGGACUUAAUGUACUUCGUAGAUGUAAACACAUGACAUUAUGUCGAUGCAUACAACAUAAGAAUUAUACGAAACGCGAUGUGACAGACUAGAUGAAAGCUUCAUGCCAUCCAUAUUUAUCAAUUUGCCUAUUACAGUAC